AAUCACUGCAAUAGUGAUUUUAUGGUAAGUAAAAUUUUGAAAGGAAGUCAGACGCGAAGAAAAGAAGAAAAAAAGUAAAAUUUAGAAACAAAUCCUACAAAAAAGUAAAACAGUCUUUUCUUACCUUGGACCUUCUUGUCCGAAAAACCUCAAAAAUUAAAACAAAAAGAUCUGUUCCGUCCACUUGUUUCUCGGCGGCGUUCCACCUUCGUCUUCGCUGUAGCCGCGUCUAAAUAUUUUCUACUUCAGUAAUAAAAAUCGAGCAGAGAUCUUCCCUCUCGAUUACUCGUCUCUCUAUCCAACAAAGUCUGGCAAUUUCUUUAAAUUAUUUUUUAAUAUAAUUUCAAGAUCUUUGAAUAUAUAAAAAGAAUUUGGGGGAUGCUCGUUGCUAUCAUAACGUGUAUUAGUUAGCAGGAGUGCUUGAGUAUUUGCUCACGACUAAGUCCCUUUCUCCUCUUCUUCUUCUUCAUCCUCAUCUUCCCUCUCUCUCUCUCCCUUUCACAAUCAUCUCUUCUCAAUUUCUCUCCAAUGCAUCAUCUCCAGUUGGGUGACACCUCCCGACCGCGUUGAACCCUUCAGACAGAUUUGUUAAAAAAGGAAGAUUUGUCGUCUGUCAAUUACUAUAAGCCGAAGAUCUGAGUUUCUUUUCUCCUCAUCUUACCGUUCCUUUCCUCUGAAGGGAUCUGACAAGCUAGAUCAGCAAGAAUGGCAUACAAUAAGCAAUUUGGUGAAAGUCGAUCAAAUCUAUCAGUAAACUCUGAUGCUGCGGAGACAGGGAGGGCAGUUGUUGGUCCUUCAGUCAGAUUUGCUCGAAGUAGGUCGGGUCACUAUGUUAGUUCCUCGAGGGACGACCUCGAUAGCGAGUUGGGCAAUGCUCAUAUGUAUACGGUUCACAUUCCUCCAACUCCAGAUAACCAGACGAUGGACCCUUCCAUAUCCCAGAGAGUCGAAGAGCAGUACGUCUCGAACUCGAUGUUCACAGGCGGGUUUAACAGCAACACAAGGUCUCACCUUAUGGACAAGGUGAUUGAUACAGAGACUAAUCAUCCGCAGAUGGCGGGUACUAAAGGGUCGUCUUGCGCGAUCCCUGGCUGCGACGCCAAGGUUAUGAGCGACGAGAGAGGUCAAGACCUUCUUCCUUGUGAGUGUGACUUUAAAAUUUGUAGGGAUUGCUUCGUAGAUGCUGUCAAAAUUAGUGGUGGGAUUUGCCCCGGGUGCAAGGAACCGUACAAGAACACGGAUUUGUCCGACCUGUCCGUUAGCAACGGUCAGCAAAGGCUUCCGGGGCCUGCAGAUGGCGGGUCAAAGAUGGAGAGAAGACUGUCCUUGAUGAAGUCAACUAAUCACUCGGCCUUGAUGCGGAGUCAAACCAAUGAUUUCGAAAACAAUGGGACGUUUCAGACCCACGGAACGUACGGUUACGGGAAUGCUUUUUGGACAAAGGACGGUGAGGAUGGUGACGGUGACGGUAUGGAGCCGCGAGAUCUCAUGAGCAAACCUUGGAGACCGCUUACUCGGAAGCUGAAAAUUCCUGCUGCUAUUCUUAGUCCAUACAGGCUUUUGAUAUUGAUCCGUGUAGUUGUUCUUGCACUGUUCUUGGCUUGGAGGAUUAAACAUCAAAACCAAGAUGCUAUAUGGUUAUGGGGAAUGUCGGUGGUUUGUGAGCUUUGGUUCGCCUUCUCUUGGCUUCUUGAUCAGCUGCCUAAGCUGUGUCCGAUCAACCGUGCGACCGAUCUUCAAGUCCUGAAGGAGAAGUUUGAGACGCCGACACCGAACAACCCGACCGGGAAAUCCGACCUUCCUGGACUGGAUGUGUUUGUCUCCACUGCGGAUCCCGAGAAAGAACCUCCUCUGGUCACUGCUAAUACCAUUUUAUCGAUCCUAGCUGCGGAAUAUCCGGUUGAGAAGCUUUCUUGCUAUGUAUCCGAUGAUGGAGGGGCGCUUCUUACAUUUGAAGCCAUGGCUGAAGCUGCGAGCUUUGCAAACAUUUGGGUUCCUUUCUGUCGUAAACAUGCCAUCGAGCCGAGGAAUCCAGAAUCCUACUUUAGCUUGAAGAGAGAUCCUUACAAGAACAAAGUGAAGUCUGAUUUCGUCAAGGACCGGAGACGGGUUAAGCGUGAGUACGAUGAGUUCAAAGUCAGGACUAACAGCUUGCCUGAUUCCAUCAGGAGACGUUCUGAUGCUUAUCACGCCAGAGAAGAAAUCAAGGCCAUGAAGAUGCAGAGGCAGAACAGAGACGAUGAGCUUUUGGAGCCCGUGAAGAUUCCGAAAGCUACAUGGAUGGCUGAUGGUACUCACUGGCCUGGAACUUGGUUGACUCCUGCUAGUGACCAUUCCAAAGGUGACCACGCCGGUAUCAUUCAGGUGAUGUUGAAGCCACCGAGUGAUGAGCCACUACACGGAGUAUCGGAAGGGUUUCUUGAUCUAACCGAUGUGGAUAUUCGACUCCCGCUUCUCGUCUAUGUUUCUCGUGAGAAGCGACCUGGUUAUGAUCAUAACAAGAAGGCCGGAGCCAUGAACGCACUAGUCAGAGCCUCUGCGAUUAUGUCAAACGGAGCAUUCAUACUCAAUCUUGACUGUGAUCAUUACAUAUACAACUCUGAGGCUAUGAGGGAAGGUAUGUGCUUCAUGAUGGACAGAGGAGGCGACCGGCUCUGCUACGUUCAGUUCCCGCAGCGGUUCGAAGGUAUCGACCCGUCGGAUCGAUACGCUAAUCACAACACUGUCUUCUUUGACGUCAACAUGAGAGCUCUUGAUGGGCUUAUGGGUCCGGUUUACGUCGGGACCGGUUGUCUCUUCCGAAGAAUCGCGCUUUACGGAUUGGAUCCGCCUCGGUCCAAAGACCAUACACCUGGUUGCUGCAGCUGCUGUUUCCCUCGCCGCCAUAAGAAGACUCAUAUCCCUGAGGAAAACAGAGCUCUGCGGAUGGGUGAUUACGACGACGAGGAGAUGAAACUCUAUUUAGUCCCCAAGAAAUUCGGUAACUCGUCGUUCCUCAUUGAAUCGAUACCCAUCGCCGAGUUCCAAGGCCGGCCUCUAGCGGACCACCCGUCGGUUAAAAACGGCCGCCCGCCCGGAGCACUCACCAUCCCGCGAGAGCUUCUUGAUGCGUCGACCGUAGCGGAAGCCAUUGCCGUCAUCUCUUGCUGGUACGAGGACAAAACCGAGUGGGGAUCUCGCAUUGGGUGGAUUUACGGUUCGGUCACGGAAGACGUUGUCACCGGUUACAGAAUGCACAACCGAGGCUGGAAAUCGGUUUACUGCGUGACGAAACGGGAUGCUUUCAGAGGCUCUGCUCCGAUUAACUUGACGGAUAGGCUUCACCAGGUUCUCCGUUGGGCAACUGGCUCCGUCGAGAUCUUCUUCUCCCGUAACAACGCUCUUCUCGCGAGCCCGAGGAUGAAGAUCCUCCAGAGGAUCGCUUACUUGAACGUCGGUAUCUACCCGUUCACGUCGAUCUUCCUCAUCGUCUACUGUUUCCUCCCCGCGCUCUCACUCUUCUCCGGCCAGUUCAUCGUCCAGACGCUCAACGUCACUUUCCUCGUCUACCUUCUCAUCAUCUCCAUCACCCUCUGCCUACUCGCCUUGCUCGAGAUCAAAUGGUCGGGGAUCUCGCUGGAAGAGUGGUGGAGGAACGAGCAGUUCUGGCUCAUCGGAGGAACCAGCGCUCAUCUCGCAGCUGUUCUCCAAGGUUUGCUCAAGGUCGUGGCCGGAGUUGAAAUCUCCUUCACGCUCACUACCAAGUCCGGAGGAGAUGAUGUGGACGACGAGUUUGCGGAUCUGUACAUGGUGAAAUGGACUUCGCUCAUGAUCCCUCCCAUUACGAUCAUGAUGGUGAACUUGAUCGCCAUCGCGGUUGGAUUCAGCAGGACGAUAUACAGUGUGAUACCCCAGUGGAGUAAACUGAUAGGAGGAGUUUUCUUCAGCUUCUGGGUUUUGGCUCAUCUUUACCCUUUCGCUAAAGGGCUUAUGGGAAGAAGAGGAAGAACACCAACGAUCGUGUAUGUUUGGUCUGGUCUUGUCGCCAUCACUAUUUCUCUUCUUUGGGUCGCUAUUAAUCCACCGGCUGGUACUACUGAUAUCGGAGGAUCCUUCAGUUUUCCAUGAUAGGUCGAGUGAUCUUCUUCUUCUUCUUCUUAAGAAUCGCAAAGCAGAAUCUCUUGUUUUUCUUUUUUUUUUACUGUAUUAAAAUUACAUUCCUUUAUUAGAUUCUUUUUUGUUUUCUUUCUGUCUGAUGAAUGAUGAUGGGUCAUGAUAGGACAGAGAUCAGCUAAAUUAUACAGGUGAAGAAAGACACUUAGUUUCUCUCGUUGUAUCAUUUAUGGACAUGGAUGUUUUGCUCAUUACAUUUGUUUCCAUUU